GAGUUUCUGCUACUCAUUGCAUCCUUCACAUCCUCGACGACAAAUAUAAUCCCUCUCUCUCUCUCUCUCUCUCUCUCUCUCUCUCUACACCACGGAAAUUGGGCAGACGACAUAACUAGCUAGCUGGUAAUAAGAGGCUGGAUGUACCGCGUCCCCGGAAUGACUAAGGUUUACCCGAACGCCGCCCUCGCCGCCGCUUCCCCGAUCAUCACGACGAAGACCCCCUCCGUUGGGUUUGGCAACAACAGCAAGGAGGAGGUGCUGACCGUCUGGAGGAAGUCCCUCCUCCUCAACUGCAACGGCUUCACCGUCUACGACUGCAAGGGCAACCUCGUCUUCCGCGUUGAUAACUAUGUCGCCGGCAACCGCAGCGAGGUCGUCCUCAUGGACGCUUCCGGCAAGCCUCUCCUCACCGUCCGUCGCAAGAGAUUGAGCCUGGGAGACAACUGGCAAGUGUUCGAAGGGGAGACCGCCGUCAACCCCCGGUUCACGGCGAGGAAGCAGUCGAACCUCCUCAACACCAAGUGCCUGGCCCAGGUGAGCUGUGGCUCCGGGAACGGCACGGCAUCCCCGUCGUCCCCUUCCUCACCUUCCUCCUCCUCGUGGAGGAGCCCGAGGAGCCAGCAGCUGGCGUACGAGAUCGAGGGAUCGUACGCACAGAGGAGCUGCGCCAUUUACGACAAUAAGCGGCGGAUGGUGGCGGAGAUCAGGCGGAAGGAGUCCGUCGGGAGCGACGUGUUCCGCCUGGUGGUGCAUCCAGAGAUGAUUGACGCGGCGAUGGCAAUGGCCCUCGUCAUCCUGGUCGACCAGAUGUUCGGAUCUUCUAGACGCUUCUCCAGCUAAGUCGCAUGCUUGCCAGCUGAUCGAUCGACCCCGACCUGCGGAUGCAAUCAACUUUUUAACACAAAAAAAAAAAAUGCAGCACGAUUGGUAAAUAAUACAAGCAGAGGCGUACAUAGUUCGCCGAUUGAAUCGUCACCGUCUCCGACUCGCCUGCUCGAUUUUCGACCACGAUUAUAUCUUCCCCGCCUUAAUUUUCUGUUUCUUUUUUUUUUUUGGGUUUUUUUUUUGGCCAUUGUCAGGGGGCUUGGUUUUUUCCUUUUUAAUAAAAAAUCAGGCUCUUGAGCGUGGGGAUGUAUAUAAAUUGUGUGCUCUUUUUUUUUUUCCUUUUUUUUAUUUGGGGUUGGAAACAGAGUGAUGUAUUAUUCUCUUUUUUUUCCGGUUACAUAUAUUAUUCUCCUUUGCUAGAAAGAAAAAAAGAAAGAAAAAUAAAAUAUUAAUCUUAGAUAAAAAUUGGUCAUCCCUUGUGAAUUUCUCCUUCCUCUUUUCUCUUAUCAGUUAGUAAAUGCGAAUAAAGUGAAAUUUUUUUUA